GACCUGCGUUUUAAGGAUAGCGAUCUCCUAUUGCAUGACGUUAAAUAAUUGUUUCUUGAGAAGAUUCUCUCUAACAAAAGAAGGCUUUCCCACCGAAGUCUACGUGCCAUUGAGAACGGUGUAUUUCUUUUGGUGGAUUGCCCCAAAUUCGGGUCUUCGAAAGGAGGCUCCGGGCGUAUUUCCGGUGGCCUGGAGGCAAUGAGAGAGAGUAGAUGAGCUGAAACAUCCUGUUACUGUCCAGUCGCAUCCACUGAUUCUGCAGCCAGUACGACGAGCGCUUGAACGGGAUGGUAACGUUAUAGACUGCCAGCUCUCAACGCAAUGGCUGUGGACGAUUGUCCUUCAAGGGGAAAAUAACCUAUCAAGUCUACUAAUAAGAAUCUCGUGUGUUUCAAUUGACCUGGUCUUGUAAUCAACCUGUUCAGAGAUGAGAUGUUAACACAUACCAUUGGACCAGCGGCUUCCCAUUUCAGCUUUUGCCGAAAUGCCCUGGAACAAAGUCUGUCAACAGAUGAUUUAAACUGCAGGUUGCAAGAUGAUACCGAGAACCUUCCUUUGAAUGAUGGGAGAGGGCAACGGACAGCUGGGGGCAGGAACAUAAAACUGUUACAGCAGCCAGGAACAGAAAAUAUUCAGAUCGGAUCCAAUGAUGGAUACUGUAGUUUUCACACAAGUCCUACGUUUACAAGACACACUAAACCUGUGGUACUGUGGACCCAGCAAGAUGUUUGCAAAUGGUUAAAGAAGCAUUGUCCACAUAAUUAUCUCACCUAUGUGGAGGCUUUUUCACACCAUGCUAUAACAGGUCGGGCAUUACUCAGGCUAAAUGGUGAAAAGCUGGAAAGAAUGGGAAUAAUUCAAGAAGGGCAAAGACAAGAGGUACUUCAGCAGGUGCUUCAGCUGCAGGUACGCGAGGAAGUGCGAAACCUGCAACUACUUAGACAAGCUUCAUUUGAUAAUGGUUCCUAGCUGACAUCUCCUUUGGCAGUUUGCUGUGACAGAGUGGACCUUCUAUACCACUGGGAUGAAUCUGUGGAAUGUAGAUAUGACAUGAAUCCUGCAGUGAAUUAAUGUAGUCAUUCUGCAGCAGAGGAACUCCAGUCUAAGCUGAAUUUCUAAGCCUCGUGAUAAUCUGCUUAAUCAGCUUUCAGACUAAAAAAGAAACACUAAAAUCUUUCUUUUAUAAUUUUGUAAAUUAGGUAUAAAAGUUAAGACAAGUGAUAACAGUGAUUGAAUGGUGCUACAAUUUACCAUAUUGCUAUUUCAUUCUACACUUACUGACUCUAUUAGUUUGUUGUAACAUUAGAAAAUAGUAGGGAACUUACUGUUAAUAUUGCAAUACUAAGAACUGUAAGUUCUUCUGAUAUGGAUGAGAUAGACCCUUUAGGGCUGCUUCAAGCCGCCUAUUAAUUUACAAUGUUGAGUGAGUGAGUUCAAUGUUACCCUGCAUCUUUAUCUAUUGGUAAAUAUAAAAUACUGACUAGUGAAAAAAAUUUCUGAAAUGAAGACUCUCACAUUUGGUAUUAAAUUAAAAUAAAAACAUCUUUGCAGUUGCACAGACCUAAAUGGCUCCUUCAGAUGAAUCCAAAUAAAAAUUAUAGUAGUUUAAGUUGAACUGUGACAUUAUGGUUAACUGAAAUAGAAUUAUUCCUCCAAUGGAACAGGAAUAGACUAUUUGGCUCAUGUGGACGUAUGAAGUGACGCAUUAGUCUGGAGGUAAUGUGACUGUAUGGUUUAAGAGAAUUCAAUGAUUUUUAGUAUCAUUAAAAGAUAUCAAGAAAAAUAAGCAUUUUAUAAAUGAACAAACUGUUUCCAUUGAUUGGGUAAGAUUUUUUCCAAAGACAAAUAAUAAUUUAUUUGCAAUAGGUGUAUUAUUGACUCAUUAGCAUGGUAUGUGAAUACAGAUGAAGAGUGAUCUUUAUGUGUGAACAUUUUUAAUCAAGUCACAGAUGUGACAAUGCAAGUUUUUUCAGAACAGAUUGUGCAUUGGGAAACUUGAGCAAAACAAAAGGCAUUCCUUGUUUUAGCAUAAGGCCCAAUUUGAACACUUUUAGAAAUCAAUUCAAUAGAGAAUCAUUUUGUGAAAUGUUUGAUAUUUUUUACAGUAGCCUCUGGCCAUGUGUUAUGCUUGUUGUUCAAUAUAUAAGAGAAAAAAAAUCCAAAACUGUAUCUGGACAGUUAUACUGUAGGCAUGCACUUAUGACUGAGAUGCUGCCAGUACAGAUUUGAAAUUCUUGUAUUUUACUCAUUGCUGCAAGUUAUUGGAAAAAGAAAUAAAUAGUAGCUAAAUCUGUAGAAUAGUUUACUGCUUAGUAAGGUAACUCUUGAAAAUUAUUAUGCAUCAUAAUAAUCAAUGAAUAUUAUUGAAAUAAAUACCAUUCACUGUGUACUUAGGCAAUAGCAUUGCUUGUAAUGGACAAGGUCCAUGGAAACAAUUGAUUUUAAAUGCAUUAGAGCUAAAUCCAUGAUCAUCGCACUCAGAAGCACAGUCACAUUUAAAGAGAGUGUUGGUUGGAGAUGGGACUCCCACCUAAUGUCCCACAAACAUGACUCCUUGUUGAGAUCAAAGAAUCAACCUUGAUCUGAUCACUCUAUAACAAAUGGUCAGAAGGACCCCAACUUUUAAGACUUUCGCAAAAUUCUUGUGAUUUUGUGCUGCUGCUAGUACUGAGUUCAAGAAGUAUGUUUCUGUGGGCAAUAGCUUCCAUCUGAAUUGUUUGAGUGUUAGUUAAUAUGCAUCUUUGUGUUAAACUUUACACACUAUAUGCCAUAAGUGCAGCCCAAUAUAUAUCAAUCACUGCCUGCUAACCCUACGAAGGCAUCCCACAUCUAAAAAUAAAACCAAUUGAAAUGGAGCAACUUUUUAACACACUUGUUAAACUACCAUUUUUAAGAGAUUAGCGUCAUAAGGGUUGACUGUUGCCUUCUGAUCAGAUUCAAAUUUUAAAAACAUUAAAGAUAAUAAUUGUACAAGUUUAAGUUUAAUAAAGAAGAAAACCCUGAGGACAGCAUCAGUUUCUUACAAUAAGCGUGUAUGGUACCUAACUCAGUAUACAUCCUCCUCGAACCAGCUUCAGUUACCACUUGUGAUGAGACAAAAGCCUUCUCCCUCUGUUAAGAACUAUUUGUCAAAUUAAUUUGGGAAUCUAACCCAAUUUCACCAUGCCUAUGAGUACACAGCACAAAAUUGCUCAUAGUAUGGCUCUUCAGGAAGUGAGGAUAAGCUGUCAAAAUGCAGCCUUGCUAGAUUAGAAUGCAAGUUGGAGAUAUAGGCAUCAUAACCUUCUAUGAAAUGUGCUCCUGCCUAUUCUGUUGACAAUUGCACCGAAUUUGCAUUUUGAUGAGUGUUGACAUAUAAUACAAGUUAUCUCCAUAUCAUCAGUAUGUAAAAGAAUCUGCUGUAAAAAUAUAUCUCUAUCAGCGACAUACAAUAAGUGAUAUUAAAUUGGCUGCCUACAUCGAAGGAAGAGGUGAUGUACUUUGGUAGGAGGAACAUUGAAAGGCAACAUAAAUAGAAGAUAUAAUUCUUAAAGGGAUGAUGGAACAGAGGGACCUGAACAAUUAUGUACUCAGAUCAUUGAAGGUGGCAGAGCAGGUAGAGAUACCACAAAGUAAAGUAUGCAGUAAUCUUGGCUUUAUUAAUAGGGGCAUGGAUUACAAGAGCAAGAGGGUGAUUUUGAAUUUGUAUAGGACACUUGUUAGACCUCAGCUAGACCACUGUUAAUUUCUAGGUGCCACAUUAUAGGAAAGAUGUUAGAAUGCAGAAGUUUUUUGGAAAAAAAAUGGUUCCAGGGAUGAAAACUUUAUUAAUGAGGAUAGAUUGAAUAAGUUAUGACUGCACUUCUUGGAGAGAAAGCUAGGAAGAGAUUGGUAGCGGUUUUCCAGUUGGCUGUAUAGAGUACACAAAGAAAAAAGCUGUUCAUGCUUAUAAAAGAAGAAGAAUGAGAUAUCGUAUUUAAAAUCAUUUGCAAAAGAAGCAAGGGUGAUGUGUGAGAAAGAGAGAGAGAGAAAAAUAAAUCAUUCAAUGAGUAGCCAGGGUAUGGAAUGCAUUGACAAGAAGUGUUGUUGAGGCAGGAUCAAUUGAGGCAUUCAUGAGGGUAUUGGGCAAUUAUCUGGAUUAAAGCAAUGCGCAAAGAUAUUAGGGGAAAGGAGGAGAUUUCACUAGGCAAUGAUGUUCAUUUCAAGAGCCAUUGCAGGGAUGAUAGACUGAAUGGCUUCUUUCUGCAUCAUCCAACUCCUGCAAUUCUGUGAUGACAUGGGUUCCGUUGACCACAAUGGAAUUAAGCAUCAGGUAGUCCUCAUAGUAACAACUGAUCUGAUAUUGUCCAUUUUGUAUCACAUGUGCAAUAAAAAAAUCCUAUAAUGAUAUGAGAUUAAGGCUCAUGAUAAAGCACAUGAUAAAUGCACUUAACUUGAUUGAACAGUACACAGAGAAAACAGUAUAGUUAUAGUAAUUACAAGGUUUAGUAAGUGCUUUGAACUAUCUUAACCAUAAAGAUACCCCUCCUGAGAUAAGGAUCAACUUGAAAAUGACCUUGAAAUACAGUUGCUUACUUCAUCUGUAGCUGCUUUUUCAGUAAAUUCCCAAACCUAGGCUCAUUGCCUUGAUAGCUCCCAACUGACGGCUGCCUUCAUAAUUUACCACCAAAGAUCCACACUAUAGAACAGGAUGUCAUGAAAAAUAUAUCUCUUAUAAUUUGAGUUGGUGGUUACAGAAAUUGGAAGUGUUUAGUUACACAAAUAGAGUUACCAAAAAAUGUUUUAAGCAUUCCCAUAAGAUGAUUGUAUUUGAAUUUGAACGCAUUGAUUUAAUUAAGUCAAAUUAAAUUAUAUUUUAACUGGGUCACUGUUCAAACAUGAUGGCAGCAAUCAAUCCACAUAUAUCAAUGCCUUCCUGAACUAUAUCAUAUUGCUGCCUUUUCCUAAGUUGUGCAUAUCAGCUUUUCUGGGAUAUAUAGUUCUGCAUCUUGAAGAAACACACGGCAUUGAAAGUACUACCCUUGUGUCAACUGUGUUCAUUAUAUUUUUGUCACAGGUCUGGAAAAUUUUAACAGAGUAAACUAGUGUAUAAAUAAAUACUUGUAAGUCUGAAUUUCAAGGGAUAAACUUAAUGAGCUCUAUUUGGAUGCCCUGAUUGAAGGGUUACUAUGCUGUAUCUAUUACGGCAUGCAAAUAUUUUUAAUCAACCAAGAAACAAAAUGCCUACUGCCACAAGUCACAUAACCCUUAGGAUCAGCAAUAGAUUAUGUAUAAUCUUAAACAAUUACACCAAGAGAAAGUACAGCACUAAAAAUAAUUAGACACGCAGUGUCAUCAUUCCAAAAUGAAAAACAUUAUGGAUAAAAUUAAAGCAGUAAUCCAAAUUUACAUGCGGAAGUUAGUUUCUUGACCAAAUUUGAGUGCAACUUUCGUUGCAUUGACAAAUAUCUGUACGGCAAGACAUAUUUGUGAUGAGAAAAGUGAAAAUAUAAUUGAAGUCUUUCCAUAGUUGCCAAAUAUGACAGGGAAUUGGUCUCCUGUAUCAGAGUGUACAUAUACUUCCUGCAGCAAGGAAUACGUUAUCCUCUUGCUCUUUAGGCAGCUAUUCCUCUUGGAAUAAUUAACUUAUUCCUGAGAGGAUUUUCACCCUCUGAGGCAAAAUUGUACAUCAUGUCACACAUGAAUAGAAUCCUAGGAUCUGCAGAAGUGUAUGCUGUAAGGAUAUCCAAGAGAGGUCUGUGUACAUUCUAAAAUAUAUUGUUUCAUAAUGAUAUUGAUUGGCAGAUAAAAGAAUGUUAUAAUAACGCUGUUCACUUAAGAACUAGGGACAGCACAUAUAUGCCAUCGAUUAAGGCUGUAAAGGAUAAUUUGUUCACCGAGACACUGCCAAAGCCUUCCCCAUUUGAAUUUCUUCAAAUAAAGAUGACCACCAGGGAAAGUAGCAUGAAUUUACAUGUUGGCAUGCUGCUGCUUGCAAAUUAACUGCAUAUUGAGGGAAUUGUAUAUUUUUUUCUGAAAUAAGUGUAGCCAUUGAUGGAAGGAAUAUGCACGAUAACAAUCAUCCCAUUCUGGUUACUUCAAACUGUGGACAAUCUUGCUUGAUACUCUUUCUUAAAACUUUAUUUUUCAUUGUGCUGUUAUUUUGGCAGUGGUUGUCUAUGAAGAAAUCAAUGAAAUUAUCCCUGAAUUAGCCAUGUGCUAGAGAAAUACAGUUGUUACACAGCUAGAGGGGCACCAUUGUACUUCAAGUGGGAGACAAAUAAGUAGGCAGCCUUCCAUGAACUGUGUUCACCAAUAGGAAAAUAAACCUGUACAAUUGGUAUUAUUCUGCACCAUACAGAAUUGAUCGAACUUACAAAACUAACCAAUGGCUGAACCAAAGGCAGCUCUCACCAAAUGCCACAAAGGAAAUUAAUAAAAUACGUUGAAACAGAAAAAAACAAGGAUUUGAACAACAGUGACUAAAUAAGAUUAUUCCUUUGAGCACACUUUGUGAUGUGCCAGAGAAAUCUGAACAUCAGUUUUAUACUUGGCCACAGAUGCACAGCAACUCUUGCAAUAAUCAAAACACACUUAAGUGAGAAUGGAAUUACAGAAAAUUAUCCGUUUAAUGAAACCAUAUCAUUAUAACCUUAUUUACAUUUCCUUGGCUGAACAGUGCUUCGACUGGAAAUGGUGUAAGUUUGGCAGAUGUAGAAGUUGGCACCAUUCUCUGCCCUUUUUCUGCUUCCAUCUGUUUAACUACUACCCCAAAUCCAGGCUAAACACUUUAAAUCUGGUCUUUCUUUCAUAGAUAUGGUAUGGUUUAUAGUUUUUGAACAGUGAAUGGAUGACAAAAAGAUCAAUGAGAAGUCCUUCAAAAAUCUGAUGCAGAGGGCUGAAUUCGACCAGAAAUCAGCUCACUGUCAAUAUCAGAGAGUUUCAUGGAGAAUUUCUCUCUGUGAGCCCUAGCAUAUUUUCUCCUGCUAUUCUGAACAGUUCACAUUAUUACCUAUGAAUUGUGCCUUUGCGGUGCCCUGGCCACACUAUUGUUCACUUGGCAAUGGCAAAAGUAUCACUGCUGGGAUCUCCAAUGAUUCUUGGUACUGGUGCCAAUUUUAUGACACAAUCCUGCACCAGGUCAAACACUGCCUGCCAGGAACUGGUAACAGUUCAUUGCAAGUACAAGUUCACAUUUGUAACUGUAUUGCUACUUUACAUCAUUAUGUGGGAUCAACAAUCAUUGCAACGGCAGCUAUAUGAGCCCAGUAUAUAGGUGACAUGGCCUUGAAAUAAACUCAUCCUAGUACCCUGUCUUAGAGAUUACUACAUAUUGUCCCACACCCAGUGUAGCAUGACAUCUUCUCAUUGUUCACUGUGGGAGCGUCACAUCCAGGAAAGUCUUCAAAUAGUUGAAAUUGUUCAUUCUUAUGCAAAAAUCAGCAAAAAUGAAGGGAAAAGCAAAGUGAAGAAAUAAUCUAUGAACUAAACUUUCCCAAUUUGAUAAAGGAAAUACAAGGCAGAAAGUAAAUAUGAUGGAAAAUUUAAGGCCAACACAAGAAGUAGAAGUGAGACUGGAUGAAAAUGCUUUUACACAAUAAAAAAAGUCUAAGUUUAAAAUCUUUUUUAGCCUGAAGCAUUAGCUGAUCUUUAUUUAAGAUUUUGCGCGUCUUACCACAUUUAUAGAUUUUCAGAGGUAGGGAGGAAAAGCAUGAUUGACACCACUGGUGAUGGUCAGUUAGUAUCCAAUUCUGAGAGUACUGUCAAUUAAAUACAAUGCAUGGGAGAUGCAUGCUGCCAGAUCAAUGGGAGAAUUUGUUGCUUUAGCCUGUCAGCAAACCUGUCUGGAAAGCUGUGUGCUGCUACAGUAAGCAGGAGAAUGUGAAGGCAGCUCAAGGUGGAGGCGCCCUCUGAAUGUGUAGCUAAGUUAUUUAUGGCCACAACUCCCCAGAAUUAGAGAUGGUAACCAUAGUCCCAUUUCCUCAUUAGAGAGAGCCAAUGGGUGUUGGUUUAUCCUGAGGGUCAUUAUACCUCAUGCAAGGUUGACAAGGCAGGACCUUCUUAGUAAUAAAAU